CCGCUGCUUUCUCUGGGGCUGGGCAGGGAGCGGCGGGAUGAUGGGUGACAAUUCCACCGCUGGAUCAGUUACUCCUCCGCAGCCAUUCAAUGUUGCUGACAUUAUUGUCAUCGUGGCUUAUUUUGCCUUGAACGUGGCUGUAGGGAUAUGGUCCUCAUGCAGGGUGAAUAGAGAUACGCUCAGUGGCUACUUCCUUGCUGGCAGGAGCAUGGCGUGGUGGCCUAUUGGAGCCUCCCUCUUUGCCAGCAGUGAAGGAUCAGGGCUCUUUAUUGGACUGGCUGGGACUGGAGCUGCUGGGGGAAUUGCUGUCGCUGGCUUUGAAUGGAAUGCUACUUAUGUCCUGCUGGUGUUGGCCUGGGUGUUUGUACCAGUCUACAUCUCCUCGGGGAUUGUCACCAUGCCAGAGUAUCUCCAGAGACGGUUUGGAGGGGAGAGAAUCCGGAUGUACCUCUCAGCCCUGUCACUCCUGCUCUCUGUCUUCACCAAAAUAUCGACAGAUCUGUACUCGGGGGCCCUGUUUGUACAAGUUUGCCUGGGCUGGAACCUCUACCUCUCCACCGUCCUGAUGCUGGUGGUCACAGCUCUCUACACCAUUGCUGGUGGGCUGGCAGCUGUGAUCUACACUGACACUCUGCAGACGCUCAUCAUGAUAAUCGGAGCUGUCAUCUUAGCUGUAACAGCGUUUAGCAAGAUCGGAGGAUACCAGAACCUGGCAGAAGCUUAUUUAAAGGCUGUUCCGGCCAAGAUUAUCCCCAACACAACAUGCCACCUGCCCAGAGUUGACGCUAUGCACCUCUUCCGAGAUCCCGUCUCUGGAGACCUCCCCUGGACAGGCAUGACUUUCGGGCUGUCGGUCUUGGCCACUUGGUACUGGUGCACCGACCAGGUCAUUGUGCAAAGGUCUCUCUCGGCUAAGAACCUGAGUCACGUCAAGGCCGGCUCCAUCCUGGCGAGCUAUUUGAAAAUGCUGCCGCUGGGAGUAAUCAUCAUGCCGGGGAUGAUCAGCCGGGUUCUCUAUCCAGACACCGUCAGCUGUGUUGAUCCCGACGAGUGCGUCCGAGUAUGCGGGUCCGAGGUCGGCUGCUCCAACAUCGCUUACCCCAAGCUGGUGGUCGAACUGAUGCCCAGUGGGCUGCGAGGGUUAAUGAUUGCAGUGAUGAUGGCUGCCCUGAUGUCCUCCCUGACCUCAGUAUUCAACAGCAGCAGCACCCUCUUCACCAUGGACAUCUGGAGGAAGAUCCGGCAGGAUGCCAAGGAGCGGGAGCUGCUGCUGCUGGGAAGGAUAGUCACAGUGGUUCUGGUCGCCGUUAGCGUGGUCUGGAUCCCCAUCCUGCAGAGCUCCAACAGCGGCCAGCUGUACGUCUACAUCCAGUCUGUGACCAGCUGCCUCACCCCGCCCAUCACGGCUGUGUUCGCCCUGGCAGUUUUCUGGAGACGAGCCAAUGAGCAGGGAGCUUUCUGGGGCCUGAUGUUGGGGCUGGCGCUAGGCCUGGCCAGGAUGGGACUGGAGUUUGCGUACCCUUCGCCCCGCUGUGGCGUCCCGGACGAGCGCCCCUCCCUCGUGAAGGACGUUCACUACCUCCACUUCGCCAUCCUCCUCUGCGCUCUGACUGCCGGGGCCGUGGUGGGGAUCAGCUUGCUGAGCGGGCCCCCCGCCGAGUCGCAGAUAAAGAACCUCACCUGGUGGACCAUUUCCCGGGGGUGCCUGCCUCCCGAGAUCUCCAUGGCCAGCGUGUCAGCAGGGACCCGCUCACCCAGGAGAGGAACGGAGGAUUCCCAGGAGGGGGUGCCAGAGACCUGCCCCGGCAUGGAUUUCUUCCGCAGUCCCCAGGGGGCAAAGCCUGAGGGACCCCCAGCAAAGGCCCUGAAGGACGCCACUGAGGCCCCCUUCUGGGCAAGGAUCUGCUGCAUCAAUGCUGUCAUCCUGAUGUGUGUCAAUGUCUUCUGCUAUGCCUAUUUCGCUUAACGCUACUGCAGCCAGGCUAUGUGGGGCAGAUGAUCGGGGGGAGGGCCAGGGGGCGGGGAGGGAUGGGAGGAGGGGUGAGGGGGAAGGGGAGGAAGGUGUAGUGGGGAGGGAUGGGGUGAGGGAAGGUGGAAAGAGACAGUUGUGUGAUUUAAUGCCUCUACGUUCUGGGCAUUGGAGGGUUUUGCAGCAGCUUAACUUGUCCCAAAGUUUUUCCUGGACCAGAAGGUCGGAGUACCAGGGUUGGCACAACAGGUCCCUCCGACCUCUUUCCACCCCCAUAGAUGUGAGGUAAAGCUUGCCAUAGCUCCUUGGUGAAAUGUGUUGGAUGCUCUCCCCAGUUCCCCCUGCCAGGGGCAGGCGGUGCUCGGGAGGGGCCCAGGCGUUGAAUAGCUAGGGGUGUUUCAGCUCGGGGGAGAGGAGAGAUUUGUGGAAGAUCAAGGGCUGGAAAAGCAGGGGGGCUGCAGGUCAGGUCUGAGGUGCAUUGGCAGAGCUGCCUGGGAGCAGUGUGCAUACCGGGGUGCUGUCAGAAGCUGAAGUUGGCUUUUUCAGACUUGUACAUUUUUGGUUUCUCCGUUGAAUAUCAUUUGAGAUCUAAGCCACUGACUCUAAAGAAGCUUAUGGCAAAGACAUUGCGUGGUGCAGCAGCUUUGGACAAAACUGUCCUGCAGUUCUCUUAUGUCCUGACUGUUAUGUCAGCCCUGGAGAAUCUGUAUAGCCUGUAUUUCUAGCUCUGGACAGCCUUCCUAAAACUGGAAAUGGAAACAGUCUCAGAGCGGGUUCCUUGUGUACCCCCCAGCCUUGUGUUUUCUCAGAAUAACUUUUUAUUUACUCUGAAUUAAAAUGCAGUUUGCAGCUAGAAAUUAUAUCUGCAUGACCAUCCCCAGUGCCUGGGGCAUCCCUUGGCUAUGCCAUCUGCUUGGUUGCUUGCAAAGGAUCACUGAAUUAUUGAACUGUGUUGCUCUAGCACUGAAAUCUGGGUGGGUUUCACAUCAGUCCUGGAAGCACCACCUUUCUGGAGGCUGUACUUCUGGGGAGUGACACAAUAUUAGCCAAUAAGCUCUGGCCUAAUGGGAUGAUGUCAUCAUAGAAGUAGCAGGUGUGUGUGUGUGUGUGUGUGUGUGCAUACACAAUUUCCCUGGAUAUGACACAGGCUAACAGAAGAUGGUAAUGUCU